AUGGAGUAUUUGCUUGAAUGUAUCGAUGUGCUUGAUCUGGCUUUGCAAGCUAGAGCUACCGGUACAGUUGAUCCGGGACAAGGAGAAGGGGACCACUCGGUCGCCAUGGAGAACCCGGUGGAAAGCCUGCACAAGGAAGCCACUUGCUCCGUGUGCCUGGAGUAUUUCCGAGACCCGGUUUCCAUUCCUUGCGGCCACAGCUUUUGCCGCGCCUGCAUCACCCAGUGCUGGAAGGACCAGAGCACCAAUUUCUCCUGCCCGCAAUGCCGGGAAAUUGCCCUGCAGAGGAAUUUGAGACCCAACCGGGAGCUGGGAAACGUGGUGGAAAUCACCAGGCGGCUGAGCUUGCACGCCUUGCAAGGCGCCGCCGGGCAAGAAGGAGAGGAGGGGAGGCCGCUGUGCGAAAAGCAUCAGGAGGCGCUGAAGCUCUUUUGCAGCGAAGAAGAAAGCCUCAUUUGUUGUAUCUGCAGAGAGGCGCGAGCCCACCGGAGCCACACGGUCUUCCCCAUCGAAGAGGCCGCCCAGGACUACAAGAAAGAAAUUGAAUGCCGUCUGCAGAAACUGAAGGAAGAACUAGAGAAACUUCUUCGACUAAAAAUGGCUGGAGAGGUUAGACAUCAGGAAUCUCUGAAUCAAACAGACACCGAGAGGCAAAAGGUGGUGAUGGAAUUUGAGCAAAUGCACCACUUUUUGGAUGAACAGGAGAAGCUUCUGCUGGCUCAGCUGAAGGAGAUGGAAAGGGAGAUUGUCAAGCAUCAGAAAAUAUAUGACACGAAGGUUUCUGAUGAAAUUGUUGCUCUUACUAUCCUGAUUGAUGAGAUAGAAGAGAAGCUGGAGCAGCCAGACAGUGAAUUCCUUCAGGAUAUCAGAAGCACAUUGUGCAGGUUUGAUAAGGAGCCCUUCCAAGUCCCAGAGGGGAUGCCACUCAAGAUGGAAAAGAGACUAGAAGAGUUUUCGGAGAAAAAUACGGUGCUUGCAGAAAUGCUGAAGAAUCUCAAAGAUACUCUGCCCUCAGAACUAGGAACCGAAUGGGUUAACAUAACCCUUGACAAAGACACGGCAAACCCCCAAGUCAUAAUUUCUGAGGAUCGAAAAAGUGCAAGAUGGGAUGUGACUCGGACUGAUGUGCCACAUAACCCUAAGCGAUUCAAGUCCUCUUGUUGUGUGCUGGGUUGUGAAGGAUUCACAUCUGGGAGACACUAUUGGGAAGUCAAUGUGGAAGAUGGAGGCAUCUGGGCGAUAGGAGUAGCCAGGGGCUCUGUGAGGAGGAAGAUAGAACUUAAACUCACCCCAGAGGAAGGGAUUUGGGCCUUGCAAGGAGAUUUUGGCCAAUACCAGGCUCUCACCUCACCUGUAACUGCUCUGCCGCUCCUUUGUACUCCCAGGAGAAUCAGAGUAUUUCUGGACUAUGAAAGGGGACAAGUAGAAUUCUUCAAUGCCGAUACAAAAGAUUCCAUCUUCCUUUUCCCCUCAGCAUCAUUUGCUGGCGAGAGGAUUUUCCCCUUUUUUAAGGUGUUGCUUGCUCAGCUGACGCUGGAUGGCUGAAGAGCUUCCUUUGAGGAAGAUGCACCCGCAUUAUAUCAAAUCUGAAUUUAAGAGGAGUUUAAAAGAAGAAUUAUGCAUGUUGAAUGGAGUUCUGGUCUGCAUUAAUAGUUGCAAGUACUAAAAAGUGGAAGUGGUUCUCCAGAUGUAGUUAGUGUAGAUCAGUGAGAUAACUUAUUGUGUAUAUGACACUGAACGUGGAUGAUGUCUUCACUGUAAUCUAGGAAGUGGAUUAGAAUAACUGAUUUUAAUUAUAUGGUAGCCUGUAAAGUUGUGUAGUCUUGUCCCUUCGUCAGUUCCUUGUUGUAAUAGGUCUUUAUCAUUUUGUCAAAGAAGAUGUCGUAAACAUUAUCUGAUGCCUUUGGACCCUAUGGACUGAAAAACAAGGUGAAAAUAAUAAAUGGAGUCAAAUAAAAUGACAGAAGAAUAAGUGCUUUACAUAAGGCUUCAACAUACUUGACUUUGUCUGAUUCUAAUGAUAGAAACUCAUGUUGUUUAUUCUGAUUGAUGACUUUUUAUAAGUUGCCUCUGCUAAUUACUGAUUUGAUUUUAUUAAUAUCAGUAUAAGAUUAUUUUUA